UGGACUUUCAACACCCUGUGAAGUUCAUUAUAAAUGAUUUCAUUAAUAAACUGCAUGGUUUCCCAAGUCGUAGAGGGAGGACUACACAAUAUAUCAUAGCGUGACUUCAAUUUUACUUCGAUAUUAUGGUUAUUAUAUCAAUAUUUGCUCAUGAAGGCGUUUCCACCGCCGUUGGUUGCAUAAGUAAUUUUACCAAUAGCAAAAGAUCUCAGUAUUUCGAACGAACAAACAUAGUCGCAGCCGUCAUGUUUUUUUAUAUAUGGGAAGACUUCACUCGCAUAAAAACUGGAUGGAUACGUGGUUAUUGAGACGAUAAUGAACAAAGAUAUUUCUCUCCUGUCACACUUGACAUCGAUCUGUGUCUGACUGUGUCCAUGAUGCGCUGCCUCGUUCAGAAGAAAACAUGCCUCAUCAUUUUAUCUUCACUGCUACUGUUCCCCCUCCUCCGCUAUUGGACUCGAAGGGCCACCACCCCUGUUGACGUGGGACCAGGUCAGAGCUACAAGGCACAGAAGGUUCUGAAGGAGAGGCUACAAAAUGUCCAGAAUAGUUAUGACAAUAUCCCAUAUGUCCUGAAGGAAAGUGUGGCAGGGCGUCUGGCACUGAACGAGUGUGUUUGUGAGGCAGAUAAGAAGCCUGCCAUCGACCUGCCUUUUGCCCAAGUGCUGUUCCCCCGUGUCUGGGCCCAGGAUGACUUCCACACAGCCUUCCAGGAGGCAGAGCUGGCUCAGGUGAAAAGUCGCAGGCAGCAGGAGUACAACAGCUUCCAGCAGAGGUACCAGACUCCCGCAGACCUCCUUGUUAUAGCAGAAGCCAACAGUCCCCUGCAGUACCCUACCCAGGGGGUGGAGGUUCGCCCUCUCAAGACAAUCGUUAUCCCUGGGUUGGGUCUGAAAGAAAAGCAUAGACAACUUCAUACAGUGAAUCUGACUGCUACCCUGGGGACAUUUGAUGUGUUAGCCACCGUAGACGGGGUCUCCAUUAGAGGACAGGGAGUGAUGCACAUGACUUUGUCCAGUAGACUCCUCUCCACUCUGAACAGACAGCUACAGUUUGUCACCUACACCAACACCUUGUUCCACCCUAGGACGGCUGAUACAGUGCAGUUUGAGACUGAUGGACACCAGUCCGUUUUUACCAUAAAGGUUGGACAUGCUGUUAUUCCCAAGCUCUAUCACGCAGGUUACACUGGAGAAUUCAGCAUAAGCUCACUUGUCACCAUAGCUACCAAGACAUUUCUGCGUUAUGACAAACUGCAGGAUCUGAUUGACAGCAUACGGGAGUUCUACCCCACCAUCGCCAUAGUGAUAGCAGAUGACAACGAGCACCCCCAGCCAGUGAUAGGUCCACACAUUGAACAUUACAUAAUGCCGUUUGGGAAGGGUUGGUUUGCAGGGAGGAAUCUGGCUGUCUCUCAGGUGACCACCAAGUAUGUGCUGUGGGUGGACGAUGACUUCCUCUUCACCUCCAACACCAGGCUGGAGAAUAUGGUGGAGAUCCUGGAGAAGACCACCCUGGACAUGGUGGGUGGUGCUGUGAGAGAAGCUACAGGCUACACUGCUACUUACCGCCACACCAUCUCAGUGGAGGAAGGGGGUGAGGAGGGGGACUGUAUACACAUCAGAAAUGGAUACCAUCAUGUCAUUGAGGGCUUUCCUAACUGUGUCCUAGCUGACGCUGUUAUCAACUUCUUCAUGGGGAGGACAGACAAGAUGCAACAAGUGGGAUUCGAUCCUCGUCUGAACCGUGUGGCUCAUCUAGAGUUCUUCAUCGACGGGCUCGGGAUUCUCCACAUAGCUUCCUGUGAUGACAUCAUCAUAAACCAUGCAUCUAAGAUCAAAUUGCCAUGGGGCAAGUCGGACAGUGAGAAGGCCUACGCCAAGUUCCGCUACUCCUCAUCGGAUGCUGCCCAAAUCAAAAAUGCCCUUUUUUACUUCAAGAACAGACUCAAAUGCAUGUCUAGUAACUGAAACAGGCUCUACAAGCUAUCACUUGAGGUUUUAAAACUGAGGUUUUUAUUUUUGUUACACUGAGUAGCCAUUUUUUGUCAUCACCAGAGGUGUCAUGCCCAUAGGGGGCAUAGGGGCACGUCCCCCCCCUCGGAUUGUAUUUUUUGCAUGUCAUUUUUGUUGUUUCUCUACUACUAGCCACCAAUGAUUUUUAUGAGGUUGGCUUUAGCUAAUCCAGAUUGGGAACCUCUCCAACCUCAUAACUAGCUAACAACAAGAAGCCAUUUCCAGAUAUCAAUCAAGCUAGCGUAGCUGGAAUGCCUGCUGACAAGGUUUGUAUACUUUAGAAAAGAACGCAACAACUAAAUACACUGAAUAAGACUCACAUUCCUUUCAAUCUUUUACCCAGGUUUUAGCAGAGAUGCAGAGAAGCAUAUUUAUCACCAGUCAGGAGGAUACAGACUGCUCAAGAGGGUAUGCUAAGUAACCAGUAAAAUAUACAUAUUUUUAAAUAUAUAUUAAGCGUAAUGAUUACAGCUAUAGAUGGCAGGAAAAAGCUGUUUCGGGUUUUUGGGACAAAUGUAAAAUCUCCAACUUCCAGACGAGGAACAUAACCCCCCCAGCCAUCCUCGUGUACUUUGUGCCCACUCUGAUUUUUGGGGUGCAUGAUGCCCCUGGUCACCACCACAGUAUUUGUUGUGGACACAGUGACUGUGUGGAAACAAACAUUGAAAGUGAAGAACCAAGCCAAUGAGCCUCUCCUUUGUCUGUGCGGAUCAGGCUUUGGUCAAGGUGUGUUUCCAUCGUAGAGAAUGAUGGAGACCUUUCUAUAUGUCCCAUUAUGACAUCUGGGAGCGCACGGGCAGCGCCAUUUAUUUAUAUACUUUUUUGGUCUUUAUGAAACUGGUAUGCUUUUUUACUUAUUUUCUUUAACCAAUGUUGGUCUUUAAUGCAGAGACGACAGACAAGUUCCUUACUUUUCCCCCCUUCCACUUGCCUUUUCCAUUUUUGCAGUAAUGCUGCAAUUAGUUGGUUGUAAUUUUGGGUUGAGCAGACUUUUGUUAGCUGCAUGUGUGACAACUUCACCAGUCCUAUUUAUGAUAUAAUUUACAAUAAUUGCCUAUUUACGGAUAAUUGGCUGUCUGCUUUGCUUAAUUUAAGGAAUUUGAAAUGAUUUAUACUUUUUUAUUUUAGCAAUUACAUUUAUUUUUGAUAACUAAGUAUAUUUUAAACUAAAUACUUUGACUUUUACUCAAGUAGAAUUUUACUGGAUGAAUUUAACUUGAGUCAUUUUCUAUUAAGGUAUUGUUACUUUUAGUAAUGUAUUGGGUACUUUUUCCACCUCUGCAAACAAAGGGUGAAUACUGCGAACAAAUGUUUGCUCAUGAGUAUAAUUCAUUGGCUGAGCCCUCCUUGUGACCUGGAUAUAAUUGUGAGCCUUCCUUAACCUAUUAGAAGUCCCACCUAGUUGACUGCUUUUAAAAUGGUUGAAGCCCUCAAGGGCAAUGUCCAUGCCAAAACAGGUUUUAUCAAUCUAGAGUCCUCUAACUAUGGUAUUAACAGACUGUGCCAAAGUGUGAGUCAUGCCAUAGUACUGAAGUGCAACGUCUUCUUCCUCCUGAUUACUUUAAUUACCUGACUUAAACCCUCUUGCUCUUUGAGGAGCAUAUGAUAUCCUCCCACUCAUACUCUGGACAAAGUUAUCACUGUUCAAUGUUUACGUGGCAAACCUGUCUAUCAUGGGGUUUGCCACAUAAAUGGGGCGGCAGGUAGCCUAGCGGUUAGAGCGUUGGACCAGUAACUGAAAGAUUAAAUCCUGAGGUGACAAGGUAAAAAAAACUGUCGUUCUGCGCCCGAACAAGGAAGUUAACCCACUGUUCCUAGGCCAUCAUUGUGAAUAAGAAUUUGUUCUUAACUGACUUGCCUUGUUAAAUAAAAAAUCAUGGUCUGUUUAUGGCUCCCUAUAUAGUGCACUACUUUUGUAUAGGGAAUAGGGUGCUAUUUGGGACACACACAUGGUCUGAGCUCACAAUAUGAACUUUACUUUAUGGAGACUGACAUUCUGAAUAUUGUCCUGAAUUCAUGCCAUCCAAACAUAUUUUCAUCUAGCUGCAGCUCUUCCAACCAAUCAAACACUUCCUUUUGAAAGGAAAUGUAGGUUUACAUAUAAUAUGAUUUUCUAUUUUUGCACUCUUCAUGAAAAGCAUUUUGAUUGAUGAAUUUCAUUAACUUGCUGUCACUUUAUUUAUACAAAGAACUGUAAUGAUCUGUUUGUAUUGCAUAAUCAUGGACACCUACCAGAGCAUGAUGUCCUGCCAAUGUAAUAAUGAUAUAGCCAGGCAGGUCACCCGUGAUACAAGUCAGGAAUCAACGUGAUAUAGAUUAAUGUAUUCUCUUCACGAUGAAUUCAAGCAGUCAUACUUUUUGUAUUAUUUUGCAUGAAUGUUACUGAGACUGAUAUCUCGUUACAUGCUGCCGUUAUACUAUUUGACCACAAGGUGGAACCAGAGACCUGAAUAAUGAUUGUCUAUAGAAAUCUAAUACUGUUUUGUUCCUAAUGUCAAGUUCAGUUUUCUACAGUUUAAUGAUGAAAUGUAUUUUUUAUUAUUAAAAUGUAAUGUUUAUGGAUCUGAUUUUGAGGAAUUGCAUUUUCCGUUUCUCCUGUUAUAAUGUAGGCUGCAAACUGUAUGAAUUCUUCUCGACUAAGUAGAGCAAUGACCAAGAGGUGCAUGGUUUCUAUUCACUGUUAGAACAUGCUGAUUGGCUGACAGCCGUAUUAUAGCAGACUGUAUACCACAGAUAUGACAACCAUUAAUUGUUUUGCUCUAAUUACUUUGGUAACCAGUUUAUUAAUAGCAAUAAGGCACCUUGGGUUUUUGUGGUAUAUGGCCAAUAUACCACGGCUAAUGGCUGUAUCCGGGCACUCUGCUUUGUGUCUUGCGUAAGAACAGCCCUUAUCUGUGGUAUAUUGGCCAUAUACCACACCCCCUCUGGCCUUAUUGCUUAAUUGUAUAUCACGUCACAAGUCUAUACGCUGUACCAUUGGCAAAACCUAGCAACAUCACUUGUUGUUAGUUGGUAAAUAGUUGCUCCUUGUACUAUUGAAUAUGAUACUGGGUGCGAUAGGCCUUCUGUUCUUUUAUUUGCGGUCUUAUUUCCAUUGUACGAUGAAUGAUGUGUUAUUUGUAAUGUAGGGUCAGACAAUCACCUGUCUUUGUGAUUGUCUCCACCCACCUCCAGGUGUCCCCCAUUUUCCCCAUUAGUCCCUUGGUAUUUAUUUCUGUGUUCCCUUUUUGUCUGUUGCAAGUUCAUCUUGUCAAGUCAACCAGCGUGUUUUUCUGUGCACCUUCUUUUUCUUAUCGCUCUUUUGCUAGUCCUCCAGGUUUUUGACCCUUGCCUGCCUUGACUCUGAACCCGCCUGCCUGACCUUACUGCCUGCCCUGACCUCCAGCCUGCCUGCCACUCUGUACCUCCUGGACUCUGACCUUGUUAUGAUCUUUUGCCUGUCCACGACCAUUCUCUUGCCUGCCCCUUGGAUUAUAAUAAAUAUCUGAGACUCGAA